AUGGCAGAGAUCAGUAACGCUCCAUAUAUGGAUAUUAAUGGAUCUUCUCAGGAUCAAGAGAUUGAGGAUGACGACACCGCUUCACGAGAUGAAGAACUAUCGAAAGGAGAUGUCAUAAAAAUGGGUUGUAUGGUUGAACCGGAACUACAAAACGUCAGUCUGAAAAUAAGUAACUACAAUUACGGAGCACAAGAUUUCAACGCGACGAAGAACGAAGUACCAAUGAACAAAUUCUUCAGAGUCCCUAUAAGUGUCUUCCCAAAACACUUGGAAGACAUGGACUCAUCCUCCGGUGUCGAGUCAAAUGUUCUUGUUGAAAAGGCUCGUGAUAUAAAUCUCGAUGAUACGGUGAAUAGUGAAGCAUUGGCCGAUGUUCUUAGAGAAGGAACAAAGGGCCUAUCAUCCAUGGUCGAUACUGAAGUUUCUGAAGUACAACCGAGCACCGUCUCCAACCAACCGUUCCCAGCUACGAGCACUAAAGUGUACUACCACAUCGAUGAUGAACCAACACCUUAUCUGACUGAAGUACAUGUUCCCCCUGACCUGAUUACCUUGGGAGAUGUAAAACGGGUACUCAUGCGUUCGAAUUUCAAAUAUUAUUGCAAAGCUCUUGAUCAGGAUACAGGAUGUGAAGUAAAAGCGGAAAUUCGGGAUGACAUGGAACGGUUACAUCGUUCGUCGAAUGGUCGUUUUGAGUUGUUUCUUCUUACUACUGAAGGAUCAACGCAUUCCGAUGGCGGAUCAUCAGGUCUCCCAAAGAAUGCACGACAUCACAUGGUGCCGGGACCAGCUCCAACAAGCAUGUAUCAUCUCAGUCAAAACGCCUAUCGUCACGCGGCACACCAAUAUGAUAAUAGUUUGCUAAGUACGGAUUCUGAAUCGAUGGUAUCGGCCGCCCUUCCACAAUAUAUGAAGGGAGCUAUGAACAUGAAGCAUAUUCAACCGCAGUACAUCACAGGUAUUAACUUUACUGAGGAGCAGGAACAACAGAAACAAAAAAGGAGGGUGAGGAAGUACAUAAGCAGUCAUACGACAAGCUCCUAUCAAGGGAAGAAUGGCGCCGCUCCUGAUGCCUCUCCUCGGCGUCAUCUCAUUGGAUUCUUACAUCGUACCAGCCACUUAUCACUAACGAGCCAUCGCGGGCGUCGGUUUGAAGACUCCACUAUAGGAUCCGAGAGUGAUGCUCGUAUGUUCUCAGAUGAAGACGAUAGGGGGUCAACGACUACGGAUAUCACCUCCGUUUCACGACAGCAUGAGAAUAUGUAUCGCAAGCAACGACGACGUCGGCAGUAUCGGAGGCCUUCGAGAGCCUCUUCGUUUUCAAGUAUAACUGAGUCGUCAAUGAGCUUAGACGUGGAUACAGUUAUACUCAACAUGGACACUGUUAAUUUUCUUGGUAUAUCCAUUGUUGGGCAAAGUUCAGCCCGUGGAGACAAUGGAAUUUACGUAGCUAAUAUUAUGAAAGGUGGUGCUGUUGCUUUGGAUGGCCGUAUCAGUGCUGGUGAUAUGAUAUUGCAAGUGAAUGAUAUUUCCUUUGAUAAUUUCACCAACGACCAGGCGGUUGAUGUCCUUAGAGAUGCCGUGGCUCGAAAAGGACCUAUAAAGCUGACGGUUGCCAAGUGUUUCGAUAGCGGUCCUAAAAGUUGCUUUACUAUUCCACGAAAUCACAGAGAUGAACCGGUUCGACCAAUAGAUACUCAGGCUUGGAUCCAACACACGAAUGCCAUGCGUGGCAUGCCAAGCAUUCUUGAAGGCUCUGAAGGUGCCCCAACUCCUAUUCCUGGUGAUUGGCCUCAUGGUCGCCCACCUAGUAGCUCUACCGUAACAUCAACUGGAUCAAAUGGUCAAAAUACCAUUGUUACUGGACAACAUAUUCGCCUAGACAUCCAUACCGACAAGAAGAAGGUCGUGGAGGUGAUGGCAAUGCCGAAUUCAGGGCUUGACAUCAAAAACAGGACGUGGCUCAAAAUUCCGAUACCCAUGUCAUUUUUAGGCAAGGAUCUACUUGACUGGCUUCUGACGCAUGUUGAUGGCCUUCUGGAAAGGAAGGAUGCUCGGAAGUAUGCAGCAGAGCUGUUAAAGCGCAAGCUCAUUGCUCAUGUCGUUAAUAAGAUCACUUUCACAGAGCAGUGUUACUACGUGCUUGGAGAGGAAUGCGCCGGUGUGGUUCGCUGUCUGUAA